AUGAAGCCCUUCUGUGACGGGUCAUCUCCUGGAGGUUGUGAGUGUGCGUUGCUGGCUGACAUGAGGGAGGGUGUGGGGGCUACGGCUGUGCAGCUGCGCAGCCACCCAUCGGACUCCGCUCCGAAAGCGUCAUUGAUUGUUGGUUUGUUUCUAUUUUUUGUGCGGGCGCCUGCAAUGACUCUCUCUCCUGUUCCACGAGGACUGUGUGGGAUGACAUGCCUGCCGCUCUUUAUACUUCUGAUUUUGUGUAGAAAGAGCAGCGAGAGAAGGAACGACGAAUUAUGCGGAGUGAUGUAUGUGUUUGUGGGUUUAUAUACUGGUGUAUUCUUUUGGAUCACUCUGGUGGUUCCUUUUCUCUCUUUUUACGUUGUUUUGAAUGUGUCUCAGUAUUUGCUUUAG